UUAGAAACGUUUAUCGGGUUGUUGUUUUUUUUUACAUAAUUAAACAUAUUUAACGGAUGAAAUUAUUUCAGAAUUGCCUUAAUGACUCGGAAGAUGUGUAUAAACGUGUCUUUUCGAAGGUUUACAGCGUGUUAAUGGUUGUUUUUGUGGUUUGUGAUGGACGACGUGUGCUGAACACAAGACUGUAAACAAACACGACGUCAUCAGUGCAGGAGUCAUGGAUCACGUUUGGAGAGACGUGAUUGCAGUGUUGCCUGCGUCUGAACCCGAGUUCCCCCUUGUGUUCAGUGAUGUAGUUGAACCCAGUGUGCUGGUGAUGUUAGAGCUCAGCAGGAAAGAACUGUACACAUCAUUCAUCUCCUCUUGUAUUGAAAAAGCCCAGGUUGUUAUUGAUUACUCCUGGGAGAAGCUCAACACAGGAACAUGGCGAGAAGUGGACAAGGAAUGGAGACGUGUUUACUCUUACGGCUGCUUGUUUAAAGCUGUAGGGACGUGUCGAGGAGAGACAUCACAAGACAAGGUCCAGGAUGCCAUAAAGACAUGUGACAUGGGUUUGCUCUUGGGUGCCUCUGUUAUGGAUAAUGUUCUACAAAGACUUAUAGUAGUUCUGAAAAAUAAAGUGAUUCCUGACAAAGUAGUGGACAUGGAACAGCCUUGUCCAAAGAAACUUAGAAAAGAGUGUAUCAUGAAGCCCAUAAUCAACCCUGCACUGUCAGUACAGAGGAUUCGAUGCCCAGCUCUGGAAAGUUUCCGGUCAGGAUUUCUGGAGCCAAAGAUUCCAGUCAUACUCGAGGGAAUCAUCGACCACUGGCCUGCCUUCAAUGAGCACUCCUGGAGUAUAGAGUAUCUGCGAGCGGUAGCAGGUUUCCGGACGGUUCCUGUCGAGCUGGGAUCCCGGUACACUGAUGAAGAGUGGUCGCAGAAGCUUCUUACAGUGAACGAGUUCAUCGACACAUACAUUUUAGGCCAAAGGGAGGCUGUUACAGGAUACUUGGCUCAGCAUCAGCUUUUUGAUCAGGUGCCGGAGUUGAAAGAAGAUAUCCGUAUCCCCGACUACUGUUGCCUUGGAAAGGGAGAUGAAGAUGACAUCACGAUUAACGCUUGGUUCGGGCCAGGAGGGACCAUCUCUCCACUGCAUCAGGAUCCCGAGCAAAACUUUCUGGCUCAGGUGGUUGGGAGAAAGUACGUUCGUCUGUACAGCACUGAUGAAAGCGAGAACCUUUAUCCACAUCAGUCCAAGCUUCUGCACAACACCAGCCAGGUGGAUGUUGAAAAUCCAGACGUGGUCCAGUUCCCAGACUUCCUCAAAGCCUCCUUUCAGGAGUGUGUGCUUGAGCCUGGUGAAGUUCUCUUCAUCCCCAGACAGCACUGGCAUUACGUGCGCUCGCUGGAGCUCAGCUUCUCUGUUAGCUUCUGGUGGUCAUGAUCUUAACUCUCCAGAACUUUUUUUAUUUAUUUUUU